AUGCUCUGGGGAUAUGUGAAUGGUGCUGGGUGGCGUCAGGCAUCAUACAUGGCUGCACAGAUGGAGGGGAAGGGGCUCACAGGCAAGGGCGACUAUCGGGCUCGGAAACUCCGUCAAUGGUGCCAUGCGUUCAUUGCCGAUCGACACGAUCUCCCCGUGAACUUCAAGGCGACCUGGAACUCAUCUGCUCUGGAAAACGAGGAGUUAGAAGGUGCACUUUCUGACCAUCUUCAGCGCAUCGGAAAGCACGUACGUGCCUUGGACAUCGUGGAGUAUCUCGCCGACCCUGCUGUUCAGCAGCGCUUUGGCCUUACGGAAACCCUUUCCCUGUCGACGGCUCAUGGCUGGAUGCUCCGGCUUGGCUAUCGCUGGGGGAGGGUGGCAAAUGGACAGUACAUCGAUGGACACGAACGAGAGGAUGUUGUACAUUACCGUCAGAAUGUGUACCUCCCCACCCUCAAUGCCCUCCGUCCACAGCUGCGACAGUACGAUGCCCAUGGAAACGAGGUCACGAACCCGAUGCAAUCGCUGCCUGAAGACUCCGCUGCUACAGCUUCCACCGGUCCUCCAUCUCCUGCACACUCUGCCCGGCUAUGCUUCUACGAUGAGUCGAUCUUCUAUGCAAAUGACCGCCGCACGAUUCGCUGGAAGAAUGUGAGGGAGAAGUCGGUACCGCAGGCCAAGGGAGAGGGGGUCUCGAUGAUGAUCUCAGACUUCUUCACGGCGGAGGAUGGCUGGCUGCAAUCCCGUGACGGUGAGACGCACGCAUGCAUUGUCAUCCGUCCUGGCGCUAGACGUGACGGCUACUUUACCUCGGACAAUGUCCUCAUGCAGUUCAAGCACGCAGCCCGCAUCGCACGCGAGAACUGGCCUGAUGAAGAUAUCUACUUCAUUGUCGACAAUGCCCCUACCCAUACCAAACGCGCCCCUGAUGCUCUCUCUGCUCGGAAGAUGACCAAGGGCCCAUCACGCAACUUCGGUGUCGAUAUCCCCCUCCUGGACAAGAAUGGCAACCCUGUCAUUGGUGGUCCCAAGAACAGACCAAUGAAGACAAAAAUCCCCAUGGCCAAUGCGACAUUUCCUGACGGCACUCCACAACCUCUGUAUUACCCCAACGACCACCAGGAUCCUGAGCUUCGCGGCGCCUUCAAAGGCAUUGUACGUCUCUUAGAUGAACGUGGCAUCUCUGGCUCGAACCAACUCCCUCUCGAGUGCCCGCACUUUCGCUGCCCUUCACCCCCUUCGGAUGUCCUUCCAGUCGACCAUUACCUCCAGAACCCAUGCUGCUGCCGCCGGCUCCUUUACGAACAGCCUGACUUCCGCAGUGUCAAGAGCUUGCUCAAGCUCGAAAUGGAGGCUUGCGGCGUCCAUGUCCUUUUCCUCCCGAAAUUUCACUGCGAGCUCAACCCGAUUGAACAGUGCUGGGGCUAUGCGAAGAAUAUCUACAGACGCUUUCCAGACUCAACAAAGGAGGCCGACCUCGAGAAGAACAUGCUUGCUGCUGUCCAUGCUGUACCUCUUGCUUGCAUGCGCCGGUUCUCUACUCGAGCACUCCGCUUUGCGGACGCGUACACGAAGGGUCUCAACGGCAAGCAGGCAGCGUGGGCAAGCAGGAAAUACAAGAGCCAUCGGGUGAUUCCCGAGACCAUUUUUGAGGAGCUCACGAAGGCGGGUAUCUUAGAUGAGUCGUUCUAA